GAUGUUAGUGUCGUUCUUUCGCGGUCUCUCCAGACUCGCUACCACCUCCGGGGAUCUCGGCGUCCCCUCGCGCGCCCCCGUCAGGGAGGAUCUCGAUUAAUCGCCGCGAACUCGUCGAGCUGCCCGCGAGUCGGGCUCGAGCCGGUUUCCGGGCGCGAGCGAAGGAGCGAAGGGCGGCCGGCCAGGAGAAGGACGCAGCAUGCCGCGGCGGAGUCAGUGCGAGAGAGACAGGCGGCGCGCGGUCGCUACCUCCUGUUACGUCCCCGGCCCUGGGACGGGGCGAUGAGAAGACCCGAGGGCGGUCCAGUGCGGUCCUCCCGUGUCGCUUCCCUCGCGAAUCUCCAGUGCCGCGAGACCUUUCCGUGACCGAGAGGCAUCGGGUGACCCGGGAUAGCGAUCCACCGACACCGAGCGGCGAAUAUUGAUAUGGAGCCGAGAUGUACCCUCGCCGUCGGCACGAGUGAACGUUGGACCUGGACGAGCGUAAGCGGAUGAAGCUGGGCCAAGCAUGCCCUCGAAGAAGCAGUACAAUCUCGUGCAUAAUGACGAGUACGACACGAGGAUACCGCUCCACAGCGAGGAGGCCUUCCACCGUGGAAUCGUGUUCCACGCCAAGCUCAUUGGCUCGAUGGAGGUUCCCAGGCCGACCAGCCGAGUGGAGAUCGUGGCGGCAAUGCGGAGGAUCCGCUACGAGUUCAAGGCGAAGGGGAUCAAGAAGAAGAAAGUGACCCUGGAGGUCUCGGUGGACGGACUUAAGGUCACGCUCAGGAAGAAAAAGAAGAAGCAGCAGUGGAUGGACGAGAACAAGCUCUUCCUGAUGCACCACCCGAUCUACAGGAUCUUCUACGUGUCCCACGACAGCCACGACCUGAAGAUCUUCAGCUACAUCGCCCGGGACGGCAGCAGCAACACCUUCAAGUGCAACGUCUUCAAGUCGAGCAAAAAGAGCCAGGCGAUGAGAGUCGUCAGGACCGUGGGCCAGGCUUUCGAGGUGUGCCACAAACUGAGCCUGAAUACUCCUUCGGAAGAGCGACAGGAGAGGGAGAGAGAAGGAGUGGACCACCAGAGGCAUCGGGAGGACUACGAGGACCAGGACGAAGUGGCCACCGAGCAGCCCCAGCCGUCGCCGUCGUCUCUCCAUAAGGACAUAUCGUUGCUGGCUGACGGAGAGGACCCGGUUGAACGAACCUCGGUACCAUGUCUCCUCAGGACCCACGAAGUGCCAGCCACGAUGGCGAUGUCGACGACCCCCAUAAGAAGGUCGCCUUCGGGCACCGCGACGUCCGACUGCGCCGGUCUGCUCGCCGGCGGCGAGCUGACGGCCCUGAAACACGAGAUUCAGCUGCUUCGGGAACGCCUCGAUCAGCAGGGUCAACAAACCCGGGCGGCGGUCGCCCAUGCCAGGCUUCUUCAGGAUCAGCUGGCCGCGGAGACGGCGGCUCGCAUCGAGGCGCAAGCGAGGACUCAUCAGCUGCUUGUGCAAAACAAGGAGCUGCUGGAGCACAUCAGCGCCCUGGUGGGCCACCUCCGGGAACAGGAGCGUGUCGGCGGGCCUCUUCAAGGCCUGUCGAGCCAGUCGCAGGUAUCCGGAGGCACGGCCGUGCCGCAAACACCCACCGGCCCCGACUUGUCGACCCUCGGCCAGUCCCAGCGAACCGGAGGACAGAACUCGCCCUGGGAACUGGACCCGCCACCCUUCGCCUUUUGCCCAUAUCCUGCGGACUCCGUCUACCUUGGCCACCCUGGGGGCAUCGUCAACGCCAACUCCACCGACCAGCUGCAUUUCCAGGCCCAGCUCAUGGAGAGGCUGCACAACAUCAGUCCCUAUCAGACCCACCGGUCGCCGUACACCACGCCGUCCCCUUACCCCAUGGGACCCAGCCUUCUCCUGCCGCCGAGCAGCAGACCCUCGAACUCGUCCCAGCUUUCGCCAGGGUCCGUGUCCUUGAGAGUCUCCCAGGCGAACAGCUUCUCCUCGUCCCCGGUCAUGCCGCAUCGGAUCGAGGCCUACCUCGGCGGGGAACAACCUGAUGAAACCCAACAGCCGUUUUUCAUCAAGCCUCUACCUUGCCAGAAUCCACCUGUCGUCUCCUCGUACGGUACCUUGGAGAGGACCAAGAAGAUGACCGGCAAAACCGUCAGGGACGACCUUCCUCCGAUCGUCCUGGACCCCCCUCCUCCCAGGAAACGCGCGGAGGUGGAGAAGGAAACCGUGGUCGAGAACCCCAAGACCCUCGAGCCUCCCAAACAGUUGGCUCCUCAGGAUCGGAAACACCUGGCCACCAUUCUCAGGGCUCCUGGACCUCCUCCUUCCAGGACCACUAGCGCGCGGUUACCUGCGAGGAACGAUCUCAUGUGCCAGGUGCAGAGGACCACCUGGGCCAGGCACACCACUAAGUAGAUCCCGAAGAGACUUUUAUGGGAUUUGGAUGUGGUACACCUGCGAUUAUUCCUGCCGAAACGACCGAGCGAGGCCACUCUCCUCGCCUGAUUUGUACAUAGUUAAUUAGAGAAUCGCGUCAAUUUUCUAUUACUAUUUCCUCGAGCUUUCCCGAGACCGUCCGACUCCGGAAAUGGAGGGAAUCAAGAGGUGACUCACAUAUCAGACUUAGAUGGGAAAGCUACGAGUCUCUUCGCCUUGUAAAUAGUUGACGACGACCCCGCGCGGUCUCGUGGAAAUAGAAAAUGGAGCAGCUCUCUCGCUUUCUCUCUCUCUCUCUCUUGGCGGUUCAAGUACAACUAGCCAUAUGUAAUGUCGGCCAGAGAUGAGAUUAGGUACACAAUUAUUAUUUCUGGCGUGCAUUAAUUCCCCCGUGACGUUGGCCGUAUUUCUGGACCGCCUCGUGGAGGCUUCGAGUUGGCUCUCUCGAGGGUGGCGAGGGAAACUUUGCGGAAGGAAGUGGAAUAUUUUCGAGUAUCCGGAACCAUGGCUGAUAGGCGAGUCUAGGGGAGAUUAAUAUAUAUAUAUAUAUAUAUAUUGUUUAGUGAUAUCGAAAUGAAUAAUGUCGCGUUAAACGAAAGUGAUAGGUGCCAAUCGGGGGAAAGACCAGCAAUAAGUCGCACCUCAUUCGACAUAUCGGAUCCGACAUGUUUAUAUAACGUUAUUACUAUCCUUAAGUAAUUCCGAGCUGUACGAUACCCGGAGCGACUUUGAAAUAAAA